CCUCCGUGAUGCUGCAGGUCUUGCUGUUGUCUUCUCCGGGCCUAGAAGAAUUCUACCGCCAUUGCUUGCAGUCUAUUGAUGAUCCCAGUGACCAGAGGGAGAUUCCUGAGCACCCAGCAAAGCAAAUUAAGUUCUUGCUGGGAAAGAAAGCGGACGAAACGGUGCUGAUAGGAGGGGAGUGGUCCCCUUCUCUGGAUGGCCCCGACCCAGCAGCAGACUCCAAGGUCCUCAUUCGCACGGCCAUCCGUUGCACGAAGGCUCAGACUGGUUUGGACCUGACAGGCUGCACAAAAUGGCUCCGGUUUGCUGAGUUCAGAUACUUGCGUGAAGGAAACCCAUCUCAUCAGGAGCAGACCGUGGUCUUCCUGCCGGAUGUCUGGAGCUGCAUGCCAUCUCUGGAGGAAUGGGAGGCUUCAUGCAAACAGAAAGCAGAGAAAACGCCCCCUCCUCCUGCCCCACCACAAGAAGAGGCAGCAGGGAUGGAAGAAGAAGCUGAGCAAUCUUCUGAAACAGGUCUCAAGCAGGAGAUGGAAACCAGUGAACAGGAAGUCGAGGCAGCUGAACCUGUUCCGGAGCCAGGUGUUGAGAGCGCCACCUCCCCUCCGCUAGAGCCUGCCAUCAUUGCAACCCCACAGCCAGCACUGCAGGGGGGUCAGCCCAGCUGCGCCAACCUCUCCCUUUGCACCUUGCUGGAGUACAGGAGGCAGCGGGAGAAGCUCUCCUUCGAGGUGGCCGUGGUGGCUGAGUUCUUCCAGGAGAUGCUGCAACGGGAUUUUGGCUACAAGCUCUACCGCGCGUUGGUAGCCCUGCCGGAGAAGGAGGAGCCACUGGAGGCCAAGAAUCCCGAGGCCGAGAAAACGGCAGAGUCCGAGAAGGAGGGAGAAAGCGAAGCCAGAGAAGACCCUCUGGAGAAACCCGAGUCUGAGGAAGCAGCAGAGAGCGACCAGAAGGACGCUCAGAAAGAGGAGGAGGCUGCGGAUGCUGAAAAGAAGCCGGUGGGUCAGGACGGGCCGAAUGUGGCCAAGGAGGAGAAAGUUGGCGGGAAGGCGAAAUCGGAGCCCAAGGAUUCCACCGAGGACCUCUGUGAACUGAGCCUCGAGGAUGACCUGCUGCUGCUCAGAGAAGACGAGGAGGAGGAUUUCGGUUGGUGCUCUGGGGAAUGCAGCCAGAGUUGUGGGGAGGGCAGUGACGCGAUGCGCAGAGAGGCCUUACUUAACGGCAGCUAAAUCCAAAUUGGGAAA